GGCUGCGUGAUGUCAUCACCCUGACAUAGACUGAGCGACCCAGUUCAUUGGUCACAUCAACACUUAGUUGAAACUUGCAGCAAACGUUGAGCGUCAAUAGAGUGAAAAUGAGUCUCCGGAAGCAGACACCAAGUGAUUUCUUGAAGCAGAUCAUUGGAAGACCAGUGGUGGUGAAACUCAACUCUGGUGUGGAUUAUAGAGGAGUUCUUGCCUGCCUAGAUGGCUACAUGAACAUCGCUGUGGAACAGACGGAGGAAUAUGUCAAUGGCCAGCUGAAGAACAAAUAUGGAGAUGCGUUUCUUAGAGGAAACAAUGUGUUAUACAUCAGUACCCAGAAGAGGAAGAUGUGAAGCCAUUUUACUUGUUUCUUUAUUCAUUAGUAGAUAAGUGAAUUGUUUACUGCUGAUGUUCAUAAUCUUUUGUUAGUUGAUGAUGUCUAAGUUUGUUACAUGUUUUGUAACUCAAGUUUUUGUGUCCUGCACAGUGUAAUGCAGUAAAACAUUUUUUCCAAUGAUA